UUCCCAGAAGGCCCAGCGCCGGGAAGGGGUUUGCAGCUGCUCCGUCAUCGUGCGGCCCGACGCGAGCGAUCCCGCGCUCGUGUGCAGGCCUGCCUCGGCUGCUGGUCCCUGCUGCGAGGGUUCACGUGAGGCCCCGGCCUCGGUCCCUGGACUAGGCCGCGAUCCCCGGCGCCAUGAAACAGGAGGGCUCGGCGCGGCGCCGCGGCGCGGACAAGUCGAAGCCACCGCCCGGGGGAGGGGAACAAGAACCACCGGCGCCCCCGGCCACCCAGGAUGUAGAGAUGAAAGAGGAGGCGGCGGCCGGUGGUGCCUCCGCCGGGGAGGCCGACGGCAAGACGGCGACGGCUGAGCACUCGCAGCGAGAGCUGGACACCGUCACCUUGGAGGACAUCAAGGAACAUGUGAAACAGCUGGAGAAGGCUGUUUCCGGCAAGGAGCCUCGAUUUGUGCUGAGGGCCCUUCGGAUGCUGCCUUCCACAUCACGGCGCCUUAACCACUAUGUUCUGUAUAAGGCUAUACAUGGCUUCUUCACCUCUAAUAAUGCCACUCGAGACUUCUUGUUACCCUUCCUGGAAGAGCCCAUGGACACAGAAGCUGAUCUGCAGUUCCGUCCCCGAACAGGAAAGGCUGCAUCAACACCCCUCCUGCCUGAAGUGGAAGCCUACCUACAACUCCUCGUGGUCAUCUUCCUGAUGAACAGCAAACGCUACAAAGAGGCACAAAAGGUCUCUGAUGAUCUGAUGCAGAAGAUCAGCACUCAGAACCGCCGGGCCUUGGACCUUGUGGCUGCAAAGUGUUAUUAUUAUCACGCCCGGGUUUAUGAGUUCCUGGACAAGCUGGAUGUGGUGCGCAGCUUCUUACAUGCUCGGCUUCGGACAGCCACCCUUCGACAUGAUGCAGAUGGGCAGGCCACCCUUCUAAACCUCCUGCUGCGGAACUACCUACACUACAGCUUGUAUGACCAAGCCGAGAAGCUGGUUUCCAAGUCAGUGUUCCCUGAGCAGGCCAACAACAAUGAGUGGGCAAGGUACCUCUACUACACAGGACGGAUCAAAGCUAUCCAGCUGGAAUACUCAGAGGCCCGGAGAACAAUGACCAACGCCCUUCGCAAAGCCCCUCAGCACACUGCUGUGGGCUUCAAACAGACGGUGCACAAGCUUCUUAUCGUGGUGGAGCUGCUGCUGGGGGAGAUCCCAGACCGGCUGCAGUUCCGUCAGCCAUCCCUCAAACGCUCACUCAUGCCCUACUUCCUUCUGACCCAAGCUGUCAGGACUGGAAACCUAGCCAAGUUUAACCAGGUCCUGGAUCAGUUUGGAGAGAAGUUUCAAGCAGACGGGACCUAUACCCUAAUCAUUCGACUGCGGCACAACGUCAUCAAGACAGGUGUGCGCAUGAUCAGCCUCUCCUACUCCCGAAUCUCCCUGGCUGACAUUGCCCAGAAGCUGCAGCUGGACAGCCCAGAGGAUGCAGAAUUCAUUGUUGCCAAGGCCAUCCGGGAUGGCGUCAUUGAAGCCAGCAUCAACCAUGAGAAGGGCUACGUGCAGUCCAAGGAGAUGAUCGAUAUCUACUCCACGCGGGAGCCCCAGCUAGCCUUCCACCAGCGCAUCUCCUUCUGCCUCGAUAUCCACAACAUGUCCGUCAAGGCCAUGAGGUUUCCUCCCAAAUCAUAUAACAAAGACUUGGAGUCAGCAGAGGAACGGCGUGAACGAGAGCAACAAGACUUGGAGUUUGCCAAGGAGAUGGCAGAAGAUGAUGACGACAGCUUCCCUUGAACUGGGGGGCUGGGGAGGGGUGGGAUGAGUGGGGACUGGCUCUUUUAUCUUCCCCCUUGGGGUCCCCUUUUCCCACACACAGCUCACAGACUGCAUAUGUGCAGGAGGGUGCAGAGAGCCAGCCACCCCCACCUCACCCCAGGGCCCCUCCCCAGCCGGUGUACAUGGUGGGCAGGAAGGCAAGCAGGCAGCCUCCCAGGGCAGGGUCCUGGCUAGUGGUGUGGGCAGCAACAUGGGGGGUACUAGCCCUGUGUUCUCCUCCAGGGAGUAGGGGACUGGACUUGGGACACAUGCAUUGGGUUGUAUGUUUUUUGAAGCUUCAAUUAUGAUUUUUAAACAAUAAAAAGUUCUACAAAG